CCUACGAUAUUUAAACUCACAGGAAUUCCUCCUGUUUUCUGGAAAGAACCCCCUCCCUGUCCCAAAUAUGGGGGACCCUCUAUAACCCCCUGAGGGGGUUAUAGAGGAAAAGCCAAUCUCUUCAAAUGAACAGCCAUUCAAUUAAAUUGGAUUUUCAUUUAAAUUGUACCCGACUAUAAACUAGGAAAGGAAAGGAAAUGGCAGAGGAGAGUCUGUCGUUGAUAUAAAGUGUGCCUGCCUGCUUCGGCUCACACGCAAGUGAAGAAGUCCAAGUCUGAAAUUUCAGGCCAUUUGUAUACCAAGCUCCUCCUUUUCUGCAGUCUUCUUUUCCAUUGGUAAAAUUCUUUUGCAGGGUCAUGUAGGGAUCCCACCCCUUCUCUGCGUUUUCACUCUGAAGCUCUAUACAACUUUACACCUGAAUGAACGCCAAACCUCUGUGGAUAUAUAAAGGGAACCUUGGGAGGAAUUUCACAGUUACAGUGCAGAAGCAGAGGGAAAGGAAUUAACCAGCUCUCCAGCCAAGCUAUCUUCUACUCACCAUGCUUCCUCCUGCCAUUCAUUUCUAUCUCAUUCCCCUUGCAUGCAUCCUAAUGAAAAGCUGUUUGGCUUUUAAAAAUGAUGCCACAGAAAUCCUUUAUUCACAUGUGGUUAAACCUGUUCCAGCACACCCCAGCAGCAACAGCACGUUGAAUCAAGCCAGAAAUGGAGGCAGGCAUUUCAGUAACACUGGACUGGAUCGGAACACUCGGGUUCAAGUGGGUUGCCGGGAGCUGCGUUCCACCAAGUACAUCUCCGACGGCCAGUGCACCAGCAUCAGCCCUCUGAAGGAGCUGGUGUGUGCUGGUGAGUGCUUGCCGCUGCCCGUGCUCCCUAACUGGAUCGGAGGCGGCUACGGAACCAAGUACUGGAGCAGGAGGAGCUCCCAGGAGUGGAGGUGUGUCAACGACAAAACGCGCACGCAGAGAAUCCAGCUGCAGUGCCAAGAUGGCAGCACGCGCACCUACAAGAUCACAGUAGUCACCGCCUGCAAGUGCAAGAGGUACACCCGGCAGCACAAUGAAUCCAGUCACAACUUUGAGAGUGUGUCUCCUGCCAAGCCAGCGCAGCAUCACAGAGAGCGGAAAAGAGCCAGCAAACCCAGCAAGCACAGCAUGAGUUAGAACUCAGACUUCCAUAGCUAGACUGACUAGCAACCAUCUGCUUUACAGAUUUGAUUGCUUGGAAGACCCAAGCCUGCCACUGCUAUUUUCUCACUUGAAAGUAUUAUGCUUUCUGCUUUGAUCAAACCCAGCAAGCUGUCCUAAGUAUCAGGACCUUCUCUGGGAAUAGUUUUUCCUUUUCAAGUUUUUCAAGAUGUACAUAUAUCCGUGAAUGCAAUUUGCAUUUAAAUUCCACGCAUCCUGUAGUUUUAAUUCCCCGUUGUUCUUAUAAGAUAUUCUUGACACUAUAGAUGUGGCUGAAUCAUUACAUUUAAAAACAGAAAAAAGGCCUCUCAGUUACCUUCCAUCCUAACCCAUUCCUGCCCCCCCAACCUCUUCAAAACAGAAAAGUUAAAAAAAAAAGUUGCCAUGACUCUUCACAGUAACAUUUUAAGAAAAGCGCUUUUUGGUAACCUUCCUGGGAACAGUUUAGUGGCCAUGAUCGAUCUUCCUUUGAAAGAGGAUGAAAGACCUUGUGACAUUUCACUUCAAAAUAAGCCCUGUAGCUUUUUACAGUCCUAGAGUAUGAAAUUAUACCCUGCAUGCUGACCCUCGCUUGGAAUGGAAUGCCAGAAAUGCAUGGCAGCAGCUAAGAUGUAAAGCCGAUUAACUAUUUAUUUGUCAAUGUUAUUAUUUAAUGAGCUUUCACAUGUGAUUUUUUUCAAAAUAUUAAUUUUGUAUGUUUUGAACCUUUUUCAUGUACCUAAAUAUUUUCCUAUAUGAUUUGUGGUUUACCUAGAAAUAUGAAAAUACAUGUUGUAGAUAUGUAAAAUAAAUGUUAGUCUCCCUAUGACACGUUUCAUAAUGAAUUUUAUCAAUAGUAUGGAUCUGCUUAAAUCAAUAAGAUGCUUUGUAAAGCUGGAAUAUGUAAUACUUUCUUCUUUAGUCUGUGCAAUCAGAAGGUGCUUUGACCUUCAAUGCCAUUGGUUUCUUUGAAAAAAACAAAAUAAAUACUGCUAAAAGUUA